AUGAUAGAUGCUGCCAAAGAAAUUGUAGAUGACACUUGCUUUCUUUUUAGAGAAGCUCCUGAUGUUGAAGUUGAUGGCGAAAAAAACUUUCAAAAGGGUCCAAGUCAAAAGGCUUGGGGGCUCCACGUCAUUGGGACAUCUUUACACGAGUCUCGGAGAAUAGAUAACCAGAGCGGGAAAGGCGGGGAUCUGGAUCUACGAUUUAUGGUGAGUUUACAGGAUGAAAUGUUUCAAAAGUUCAAUUUUGAUACUGAGUGGGCAGUGAAACUUAUCUCAAGGAUUACUAAUGAUGAGGAUAUACCAAUUGAAGGUGAUGCGAUUGUAAAACAGCUUUUAGCACUGCAAAUAAAUGCGGAGAAGUACUUCUUUGGCAUAAGAAAAAGCCUGGUUGAGUUUGAUGAAGUAUUAGAGGUACAAAGGAAACAUGUGUAUGACCUUAGGCAAUUGAUUUUAACAGGUGACAAUGAAAGUUGUUCCCAACACAUAUCACAGUACAUGCAAGCAGUAGUAGAUGAAAUCGUCUUUGGCAAUGCUGAUCCCCUUAAGCAUCCAAGGAGCUGGAGCUUGGACAAACUCUUGAGGGAGUUCAUCAUUAUUGGGGGAAAGCUGUUGGAUGGCUCAUUUGCAGGAGUCACUGAGGAGGCCUUGCUGAAGUCUCUUCUACAACUGCAUGAAUCAAGCUCUGUAGAUAUUAAUAAUUUUUACCUUCCGAACUUGCCAAAGCCUCCCAAUGUUUUUCGAGGAAUCCGUAGGAAAUGUCAUUCACUAAAGCGUUGGCUUGUUAUAUGCUCUGAUGAAUUGACUAAGAAUGGUGGAUACCAGACAACUACUAAUCUUCUUCGCAAGUACCUUGGAGAUCUCCUCAUUGCUUCGUAUUGGAAUGUUGUGCAGGAAUCCGGUUAUGAUGAUGCAUACGUCAAGGAAAUUGAGAGGGCAGUUCUUCUGAAGACUCUAGACUGUUUCUGGAGGGAUCAUCUCAUAAAUAUGAACAGGCUCAGUUCAGCGGUAAAUGUUAGAAGUUUUGGGCACAGGAAUCCUCUUGAAGAAUACAAAAUUGAUGGGUGUCGAUUUUUUAUUUCAAUGUUGAGUGCAACACGAAGACUAACUCUUGAAACCCUCUUACAGUAUUGGUCAGCCCCUACAGAGUCCCAUGAACUUUUUGAAUCAUAAAUGCAUUUUGCUCAUCAUGUGGAAGGUUUGUAUCAUUCUUCUUCUGUAGAUGUCUACUCCUGUUGAGAUCUAAAUGAUUUAGAAUCUUGUUAAUUCUAUGCUUUUGUGGAGUUUCUGUGAUGAUGGAAGACUAGGAAUCAGAAUUAGAAUAGGGUACUCGAUGCAUAAAUUUGACACAUUAUUUUUUAAAUUUGAAUUCGUUGUAAAUUUAAUUAUAUAUUAUCCAAAAUCGUUAACUCUA